AUGCCCGUCGGAUCAGUUCUCGCCGACUACAAGGUCGUCAUUGUCGACAACCUGUACAACUCGUCCGAGGAAGUCCUCAGCCGCAUCGAGACCAUCUGCGGAAAGCGACCCAUCUUCUACAAUGCCGACAUCACCGACGCAAAGGCUCUCGAGCAGGUCUUUGCCGACCAUCCCGAUAUCGACAACGUCAUCCACUUUGCUGCUCUCAAGGCUGUUGGAGAGUCUGGCGAGAUUCCCCUCGAGUACUGGCGCGUCAACGUCGGUGGCUCGAUUGCCCUCCUACAGGCCAUGACCCGUCACAAUGUCACCAACAUCGUCUUCUCAUCAUCCGCUACAGUCUACGGCGAUGCCACACGCUUCGAGGGCAUGAUUCCCAUUCCCGAGCACUGCCCUCUGGGUCCCACAAACCCCUACGGAGACACCAAGUAUGCCAUCGAGAAGCUGAUUGGCACCCACGUUGAAGCACAGCGCAACAAUGCACAAAAGACGGGCGAGUCGGGAGCCAAAUGGAAUGGCGCUUUGUUGCGCUACUUCAACCCCGCCGGCGCACACCCUAGUGGAAUCAUGGGAGAGGAUCCCCAGGGCAUUCCCUUCAACCUCUUGCCCUUGUUGGCUCAAGUCGCCGUCGGAAAGCGCGAAAAUUUGCUUGUAUUUGGUGACGACGGCACUGCCAUUCGCGACUACAUCCACGUCAUUGAUCUCGCUCAGGGCCAUCUCAAGGCGCUCAACUACCUGCGCUCAACCGUCUUCGAAAUGGUCAAGGCAUUCUCGCACGCUGUCGGACGUGAUCUCCCUUACAAGGUUGUGGACCGCAGAGCCGGUGAUGUCUUGAACCUUACAGCCAACCCAGCCAGAGCCAACGAGGAACUCCAGUGGGAGACCAAGCUCUCACUCGAAGAUGCAUGCCGCGACUUGUGGAGGUGGACCGAGAACAACCCUCAAGGCUACAGACAGCAGGCACCAAAAGAGUUUGUGGACAAGGCCAUUGCUGCACGCAAGUAG